AUGGCUGACGAGUACGCAGACUUGAAGCAGGUGUUGCAGCAGCAGCUGAAGCUGAUGGAGGCUCUGACCGUCAAGCUAUCCAAUUCGUCUAUGGGCCAAUCAAGCGCGGCUGGUGGUUCACAAUCUGUUGAUGACAUUGCCGGCAGCAUCACCGAAUUCUUGUAUGACCCGCAGGCCCAUAUCACCUUUGAUUCCUGGUACAAGCGAUACGAGGACUUGUUCUCUGUCGAUCUGGCUGCCCAGGACGAUGCAUGGAAGGUCCGAAUUCUACUUCGCAAACUGGGUCCGGCUGAACACGAGCGUUAUGCAAACUUCAUCCUUCCCAAGAAUCCCCGGGAAGUCGCCUUCAAGGACACGGUUCAGACGUUGUCGCACAUUUUUGGUGAGCAAUCAUCCCUCUUCAACACUCGAUUUCAGUGCUUGCAACUGUGCAAACGAGAUUCCGAUGAUUUCAUCACGUACGCGGGCAUUGUUUAUCGUGAGUGUGGGCGUUUCCAACUCGGUUCUCUCACUGAAGACCAGUUUAAAUGCCUAAUAUUUACCUGCGGCCUCCAGUCCCCCAAGGAUGCUGAUAUCCGGACACGUCUCCUGUCCAAAGUGCAGCAGAACAACUCCACCACACUCCAAGAGCUGGCAGCAGAGUGCCAAACGCUGAUCAAUCUCAAGCGCGACUCUGCAAUGAUUCAGAACCCGGCCUCAUCUUUCUCAGUCCAUACGGUCACAUCGACCAAAUCGCAUCCUGUUACACGGCCCAAGCAAGUGUCCAAGUCGAGAUCUCCGCCAUCUCCUUGUCGGCACUGUGGUGCGUGGCAUUUCCACCGGGAUUGCACUUUCCGCCAGCAUCGCUGCCAAAGCUGUAAUCAGGUGGGACACCGUGAUGGGUUCUGCAAAUCAUUACCAGCUUCUGGAGGCAAGCCACCCCCCGCCACUCCUAAUUCCAGGCACCGUUUCCGGUCAAAACGCAAGCCCAAACCCCAGUCCGUGGGUAAUUCUCUCAGUCUUUUGGCUGCUUUGCAGCUCAAUGCGUCUGGUCGUAGAAAAUUUGUUGAUGUCUUGCUCAAUAGCCAUGCAGUUCGUCUACAGCUGGACACUGCCUCAGAUAUCACCAUCAUCUCUGAGAGACUCUGA